CAAACGGCAAACCAAGUGCAUUCAAGCUGGAGUCUCUAACGACGACCACUCACAACUAGACCCGGAUCUUUGGCUAUAUGCAGUACAUGGUACUGUAAAGACUUGCUACGAAUCAGGACUUUUCUUUUCAAGCAGUAAAACAAGCAGCAGUGAUGGAGGAUUCAGCAGUAGUUGAUCAACAGCCCACCAAUUCCGCGUACGAGCACCAUGUCGCCCAGGUAGCUCCGACCCCGUGCUACGAUGAUCUGUUUCCAGCCUUGCCGGAGAGCGCCCCGCCGCGCUUCAACAACCAAACGAUCCUGCCGGCAACGCAGAACAUGCGCGUCGGCAGUUCGGUUGUGACCCAGGUUUUCAUCGUGCCGUCCGGCGAGCGAAAGUACGACUCGGAUAAGUUUGGUGAGGGCGAAUCGUUGCGCACCUGUCAGAACAUCAUGAAGGAAACCAACGCCCACAUCGAGAUUUCGAGUGGCAAGGAUCAAUCGUUGACCUUCCUGGUAACUGGUAAGCCGAACGAGGUGAUCGAAGCUCGCCGCAAGAUUCUGGUACACUUCCAGACGCAGGCGAGCAAGUCGAUCAGCAUCCCGCGGGAGCAUCACCGCUGGAUUCUCGGCAAAAAGGGUGAAAGGUUGCGCGAACUGGAGAAGAUCACCGCUACUAAGAUCAUGGUACCGCGUAUCACCGAUGACUCGGACAUUAUUACCAUCUCCGGUACCAAGGAGGGCAUCGAGAAGGCGGAGCAUGAGAUUCGUAUCACUUCGGAUGAGCAAUCGCGUAAGGCGUUCGAGCGUAUCAACAUCCCGAAGAUCUACCAUCCGUUCAUCAUGGGGCCACAUAACGAAAAUGUUACCAAAAUGAUGGAUGAAACCGGUGCAAAGAUCAACAUACCACCAACGUCAGUGCAGAAGGACGAAAUUAUCAUCACUGGCGAGAAGGAGGGAGUUCUUGAGGCGAAGGCCCGCAUCGAAGCCAUCAGCAAGGAGAUGGAGAAAAAAUGCACCAGCGUCGGCGUUGAGGUUCCACGUGCUCAGCACAAGUACAUUGUUGGACCGAAAGGUGCUACCAUCCAGGAGAUUUUGGCGAUGACUGGCGUUUCGGUGGAAAUGCCAGCUAGCGAUGCCCCCAAUGAUACCAUCACGCUGCGUGGCCCGCAGGAUAAGCUCGGAAAUGCUCUGAGCGUCGUGUACCAGAAAGCGAACUCAGUUCGCACAACGACGCUGGAGUGUCCUCAGUGGAUUCAUAAGUACAUCAUUGGACGCGAAGGUGGUCAUAUCAAGGAGUUUACCGCCCAAUAUCCGAACGUACACGUUGAGUUCAAUGAGGAUAAAAUUAAAAUCGAAGGUCUUCCGGAGCAGGUGGAAACAUCCUCUGAGGCACUGGAGAAAAUAGUCAACGGGCUGACUGAGCGUCUCACCUUUACCGAGAUGGUAGUAGAUCCGAUUUAUUGCAAGCACAUUAUCGGCAAAAAUGGAUCCAACAUCAACCGGAUGAAGGACGAGUACGAGGUGCUGAUCAACAUCGACGAGAAGGACUUGAAACCGAUCCGUAUUGAGGGACCGGCCGUCGGUGUCGAGAGAGCAAAGCAGGAGCUGCUUGAUAAGAUUGCGAAACUGGAAAACGAAAAGGAAGAGUCGAUCGUUAUCGAUCAUCGUCUGUUCAAGACGAUCAUCGGUGCGAAAGGCGAAACGAUUCGAGAUAUCCGCGACAAGCAUAACCAAGUGCAGAUUGUCUUUCCGGGUCCGAACGACAAAUCAGACAUUGUGAAGAUUCGUGGUCCACGUGAGGAUGUGGAUAAAUGUCACAAGUAUCUGACCAAGUACGUGAAAGAGUUGCAGAAAAACUCGUUCGUGAUGGAAGUACCGAUCUUCAAGCAGUUCCACAAGUACAUUAUUGGCAAGGGUGGAGCCAACAUCAAGAAGAUCCGGGAUGAGACUCAAACCAAGAUUGAUCUUCCGGCUGAGGGUGACAAGAAUGAGAUGAUUGUAAUCACGGGCAAGAAGGAAAACGUGAAGGAAGCUCGCGAUCGUAUCCAGAAGAUUCAGGAAGAACUGGCAAACAUCAUCACGGAGGAGAUUCAGAUUCCUCCCAAGUACUACAACUCGCUGAUUGGAUCGGGUGGCAAGUUGAUUUCGUCUAUCAUGGAGGAGUGCGGUGGGGUUUCGAUCAAGUUCCCCAGCCCGGAAUCCAAGAGCGAUAUGGUGGCUAUCCGUGGGCCGAAGGAGGACGUCGAACGUGCCAAGCAACAGUUGGUCGAGCUAACCAACGAAAAGGAACUGUCGUCCUACACUGCCGAGGUACGUGCUAAGCCGCAACACCACAAGUUCCUGAUCGGUAAAAAUGGUGCUUCCAUCAAGAAGAUUCGGGACCUGACUGGAGCUAGGAUUAUUUUCCCAGGUAACAACGACGAGGACAAAGAGGUUAUUACCAUCAUCGGCAAGAUGGAAGGUGUCGAGGAAGCCAAGGCACAGUUGUUGGCGAUUAUUAAGAAUAUUGAUAACAUUGUUGAGGAUGAGAUCAGCGUGGAACCAAGACACCACAAGCACUUUGUGGCUCGUCGCGGUGAAGUGCUGCACCGAAUUUCAGAGGAAUGCGGUGGGGUGAUGAUUUCAUUUCCGCGUUCCGGUGUCGAUAGCGACCGAGUUACAUUGAAGGGUGCCAAGGACUGUAUCGAAGCGGCGAAGGCUAGAAUUCUGGAGAUAGUUGAAGAUCUGGUGCAGAUGGUUACGAUCGAGUGCAUUAUCGAUGCACGCCACCAUCGUAUCGUCAUGGGCAGGGCCGGUUCCAAGGUGCAAGCAGUAACCGCAGAGUUCGACGUUACAAUCAAGUUUCCGGAUCGCGAAGUGCCGGAAGCGUUUGUCGAAGAGCAACAGAACGGAGAUGUUAACGGCGGUGAACCAGUAAGAUCAUCGGACAUCAUCAGAAUCAGCGGUCGCAAGGACAAAUGUGAAAAGGCUAGAGAAGCUUUGCUGGCACUGAUCCCCGUGACUGAGGAAAUCAAUGUGCCGUUCGAUUUACAUCGUUCCCUGAUUGGACAGAAGGGACGUGACGUUAGAGAGCUGAUGAACACCUACGAUGUGCAUAUCGAACUGUCCCCACCGGAUCAGAGACUGGACGUCAUCAAGGUAACCGGUGCAAAGUCAUGCAUCGAAGAAGCGAAAAUUGCCAUUGCGAAGCGAAUCGAAGAGCUGGAAGCCGAUCGGAAAGAUCGCGAGCUGCGUUCGUACGAGGUUAAGGUCGAGAUUGAUCCGGAGUACCACCCGAAGAUUAUCGGCCGUCGUGGUGCGGUUGUCAACAAAAUUCGUGCCACGCACGGAGUACAGAUUUCAUUUCCUAAGCAAGAUGAUCCCAUCAAUAAUGUUAUCACGAUUCAAGGCUACGAGGCUAAUGCCCUGGCCGCGAGAGAUGAGAUCCUAGGCAUCGUCGGUCAGCUGAGCUCGAUGUGCCGCGAAGAAGUUGCUAUCGACGAACGUGUUCAUCGUCGCUUCAUUGGAUUCAAAGGACGUCGUGUGCGUGAAAUCAAGGAAACUUACAAGGUGGAACUGAACUUCCCCCGUCCGGAAGAUACGGACCAUUCACUGAUUGUCAUUAUCGGUAACAAUAGAGACGAUGUGGAAGCUUGUCGCGAUCAUUUGCUCAAUUUGGAGGAAGAAUUCCUGCAGGAUGUGGUUACGGCUGUUCCGACACAGCAGACUACCUUCACCCAGAUCCUGGAGGAUUCGAUGAGUAACAAUCGGGAGCGCCCGAAACAUGGUUUCGUCGUUUCCGGUGCUCCGUGGCAGCGCAAAACUCCAAACACUCAAUCACAGGAAGAUUUCCCCGAUUUUGGAUUGGGAGCAGCUCCAGCCGAACCGGCUCCGAAGGCUCCGAUUUCUUCCGCUUGGAAUGCACGCCACUAAUCAUGCCAGGGAUGGGGAGGCACACGCAAUUCACUACACAUAGAUUAGUUAUUUGUUUUUAGAUGACAGAGAGAAACAAACCAAGCGAGUAGAAGAGAGAUGAGAGAACAGUCUAUCGUAAACCCUUUUCCCAUCUUAGUAAUAGCAAAAAGACCGGUUUCGUAUCCCAAAUUGUGACCAUUGUGCGAGAAAAAAAGGGCAAACAUCAGUUCUAGUUCGAUUAGCAUUUUAUCUCUCUCGUUCUGACACUCUAAAGACACUGCAGAUAUAAUGUGUGUACGUAAUAAAAAAUCCUCAAGCAAAUUUAUAUCGUGCGGAACAUCUCUACGAAAAUAAGACAAUUAUUCUUUUUAUAAUGUUUUUUUUGGUUCAAUGUUUAUUUUUGUUUUGUCAUUAGAAGCAACCACAUUGCUGCGGGAAUACAAGAUUAGUGCAAGUUGUACAUAAAACAGAGAGAAAAAAAACAGACACCGGGAACUUUUGAUUCUAGAAACUAAAAGAACUCAAAGCCUACAAACAGGUGUUUAACCAUAAAUUUGCGGAAUACAGGUUUAGCUAGGUUUCUAUUGAUUAUUGUUGUCGUUUUGUUUCAUCCUCUAAAGUGAAAAUCGUUGAUAAUUUCCGAUUUCGGUAGCACAGAAGCUUCUCUUGACCAUGCAAUUUCCCAAUUCAGCUGACAAUGGUGCUAUCAGAAGUAGAUAAUAGAUUCAUCAUCUUAGACAGUGUUAACACUUUUUUAUGGCUGUGGCCGCGGUUCUUCUGCAAACAGUUGAAACAUGUUACAGAUUGAAAAAAAACAUUCUUGCUACUAGUCGCGACAUUGAAGAAAAUGAAAGCCAUUGCAUUGUUUUGAAGACGAUAAAAAAGACUAGAUUCAAACGAAUUGUAGGUGUCUGUUCAUCCAAGUUGUUUUGUGAACAAUCGGAAAUCUUGAUUCUAGCGCAGAGGAGGUUUAAAUUAAGUUCAACUUGUGUGGAGCAUUUCAUUUGUUUUCGACUUGUGCUGACCGAUGAUGAUGGUCUUUUAGAUUGCUUUAUUUUGCUCAGCAAACUAACGUUAACAUUUUUUUCUUCAAAUUUUAUAUGUUGCUAAAUAAAUGUAACGAAAAUUGAUGAUACCGACCAGACGAAAAACAAAAAAAUCGCUAUGUUAAAAUGGACUAUGCUUGGCACACUGUUCACACCAACACAACGCUAGCGGAAACUAUUGAAGUUUGGAUGGUGCAAGCGGAUCGGACACUGAAACCGUCCAUGGUUCGCUUCACCAGCCAAACCCUAAUUUGAUUCCUUUUUCACUGCUGCUGCUGUUAAAACAAUUGAUUGGUUUAUGAAAACAACAUCGUUCACUGAACCUAUUCAAUGGAGAAAAAAAUCUAUAAUUGACCCCCCAACGCUCAUCGUCUCAACGGAUAUUCGAAAGGAAUUGCGGAAAAUUGUGAAAAAACAAAAGUUUAAAACUUUAAAGACUUUUUUUUGUGUUUGUGUUCCAGUAGGAGACUAGUUACUCGAAGAUUGUCAAAACAGGAGAAAGAAGCCUAUUGAUUAAAAAAAAAGAGUGAAACUAAUAUAUUGAAAAAAAAAAGAAGAUACAAAAAAUCAUUAAAGUGUAAUAAUUACACUGUUGUAUGCAUCUACCUUAAAUAAAAAAAAAACAAAGCAAGCGAAAAGUUACACAACCAGAAGCGAACUGAGAAAAGAAGCAAUCUUUUUCGACGAGGUAAGAGUACCAAAAGCACACACAUACACACACUCACAUACAAGUUUGCUGCUCAAUCUGCGUUUAGCGCUCUCGGUCAACCGGGCGAGCACUGUCAGUCACUACUCACUAUAGUGUAUGUAAUCUUAUAACCAGAAAUCAGAUGUAAACAACAGACAAAUGCAAAAUAAAGUGGAACAAGUAAAAUAAAAUAAAGCAAAAAAAAACUGAUGGUUUAGGUUUGUUCUGUUUGUUUAAGUGUAAAAAAAAAGAGACAAGAAAAUAAAACUAAAAAGUAAUAAAACGAAGCAAAACCGAUACAAAAGUUCAAACGAGAAAACCAGAACUGUAGAACUCCUUGGUUGAUUUUGCAAUUUUUACAGUAACAAGCAAAACAAACUUUAUAUAUUUUUUGAUAAUGAAGUAUAGCGAAUGUAUGAAACUUUAAUAAUAGAAUUAUUUUUUUUGUCUAUUUUUUAAAUAAUAAUAUACAACUAGUUUGAAGUCCUACUGAAAGAAACUGGGUGAAUCAUGAGACCAUUGCGUGUGCGUAUCAGAUUAGUAGACAGACGAAACUCAACGUGGAGGAACAAUAAACGUUGUGGAACGAAUGUGAAAAAGUUGAAAAACAAAAGAAAACAAAAACAGUCUCCGAAGACGGUUUAAAUUAUACACUCAUCUACUAAUAAUAAUUAAUAUAAACGAUAUACUAACUGAGGCAAGAACAGCGAGCAACUUACCGUUUUUUUUUGUAGGAUUGGAAGAAGAGACAUGAGGAAUAUCCAAAUCCUGUAACAGAGCAGAAGUGCAUGAAUUAAAUAAGUGGAAAACUAUUAACCCUUUUGCUGUGUAACGUCGAAGAAGAGGAGAAAUAAACUUAUUACAUUUUCCGUAAUUGUUUAAAAA